AUGAAGACUGAUCAGAGCUGCGAGGAGACGCCGAUGAUUCUCCGGGAGGUCGAGGAUCUGCUCCAGAAAUCGGCGCACGAAAACGAGGAUGCCACGGAGGAGCAAGACGAGGGAAACCACGUGUGUGAAGCCAAAAAACCAGCAGUGGACUCUGGCUUUGAUGACAGAAACCUAAUGUCUGUCCUCAUUGACAGCAGUGACGCCGGAGUUCUGCGCGUAAUGGAGCGAAAUCACGAUCUGGUGAUUGAAAAAGACACUGAAACUGCUAGAAAAGAUAAUAUCAGAGAUGGGGAAUGUGCAGAAGAUGUCCAGAAGGGUCAGUGUGAUCCCUUCUCUUCAUCAAGUCCUCGCUGUUUUAAAACAGAGGACUGCAAAUCAGGAAACGCCGACGAAAGCAAGUGCGCCAUGACGCAACUUGAGAUCUUCAAAGACAACAAAAGCACGCAAAGUAAUGGAGAUUUACACUGUGGUGAUAAUCAGCUGUGCUGUAGAAGUGAUUCUGAUGAUUAUGAGGAAGAUGAUGAUGUAAGUUUGGUGCUUUCUGACGACAGCGAUCCGUGCGUAACGGAGGAUGAGUCCCAUUACAUUACCACACACGAGAUCCAACUCUCAGAGCUGUCUGACCAUGAGGGAGACCUCGUGGUGGGCUCCUCGGCCAGCUGGGACAUUGAGGAUGGUAACCAGGUGUACUCUUUUGUCGAUUAUGCGUCUUUUGACGGUGAUGUAGUGGUGGUGGGGGAGAGAGAGGACGGCCGUGUGCCUCGUUCUGAGAGCGCAGCAGCAGCAGCAGUAGUCAGCACUCUGCUUGAAAAUGAUCUGUGCGAGGCGGCCAAGUUCGCCAGCUCAGAUGAGAGUGUGUCAAAGCCCCAGCAGAGCAGUGGCAACAGUGCCGGACAGAUCCAGCUGUCAAUCAGAACCACUUCUCGAGCUAUAAAUGGCCCUAGCAACAUCCAAGAAAAGGAAAACAUUCUUUAUCAUGCCGGGCGCUCCGGAGACAUGAGCCGAUAUGUGUUUAGGGGAGUUGAUGGAAAGGCAGAGACGUUGUGUGACAGGGCAAAGUGUUUCAUAGCCGCGCCCGGACGUUUACAUUUUGGCGGCAAAUUGAGGGGAAAAGAGGUCACAGGGUAUUCCAGCGGUGCGUCCAGCGCCGUCAGCGAGCUGGAUGACGCUGACAAGGAGGUGCGCAACCUGACAGCCAAAACCUUCAAGAGCCUGGCUUAUCCUUACUUUGAUGCCAUUAAUUUCAGCACCUCCAGUGAGUCAUCUGCAUCAGAGCAUGGGCUAGGGAUAAACAGGUGGUCCACGUUUGUCGACCUAAAAUAUGGCAACAUGAAUGUAUCAAAAGGACUGGACCAAAGUGUUGUUUCCCACCAAAAUUCAACGGCCUCAUUUGAAAUAGCCAAAAAUAUAGACAAUAGAGGUUAUAAGGGCAUUGUACUGGCAAACACUAAACCGCCCACCAGCAAGAUCUUCACUCUGAAUGGGAAUCCCCACAGCGCAUCGUCUUCUACAAAGAAAAUUGAGCUGAUGGGCAAAUUUGGAGAGGGCCACAGUGGGGUGAUUAGACUCACAGAGACUUUGAAUUUUCGUUGCAAUGUCAAUUCGGGAAUGUCUGAGGGAGAAAGGCGCACUAACUUUGCACAAAACGCUGCAGGAUCACGUUCCACAGAUGAAGUUACAAACACUUUGCCAGGCGUCCAGAGAAGAGAGGCCAGCAAGCCGCCUUCGAAAACCAUGGAAGACACACACAAGAAAGCCAUAUUCGCUUCAAGCGUGAUCCAAAAUGUGAUUUCUAAGAAGAUGCAGUUCGAGCAGGAGCGAAAGAUGGAAAGAGGGGAGAUAAGUGAGUCGCAUCAGGUGCAGUCCCCGUGCUUUACGCACCAGGACAGCAGCGACAGUCACAGGGGGAAGGGAGGCAGAGAGCUGCACAGACAGAGCUCCAAGUUUUCCGAGAGCAGCUCAGACUACGCCAUAAUGUGCGUGGAUGAAUUAGGAGACUUUGUGGACAGCGGCUCAUGUGAUACUAAGAGCGACUCUCGGAGACAAGACGCGAUCGCUGUCGCACCAGAAACUAAUUUAGAUCCGACGAAUGAAGCUGGAAUCGAUACUAAAAAAGGCGCAUUGGAAGCGUCCAAAAGCACGUUGUUUCGCAGCCAAAAUAGCGCAUUCAGAUGCUGGAAGGAAGGGGAGCUAGAGUUUCAAAAGGAUCAUAAAAACGAUAAAACUCCCGAGGAGAAGCCACCUUCAACUACCGACAGAGAGGCCGAGUGGAAUCAGAACGCAGCGGGCAAUAGCAAACUGACUAAAAUGUCACAUUUGUUUGUGCCAAAUAUCCAACUGCUGUCAAGUGACGGAGAAGCCGGACAGCAGCUGCCGAGCAGGAUUUAUUCUCCAUGUGGAGAUGGAGGAGGGAUUAAACUACGCUCCGACAACACUUUAUACAUUGCAGACUCCAGGAAUGUCACUACAUCUAAAUCUCCGGAAAUUAAAAUUAAUUUAAGGAGCGUGAGAGACAAUAAAAAGGAGCCUUUUGGCGUUUCCAAGCUGCGUGCUCCUAAUAUAGGUUGUAACGCUGUCAGCCUGAUCAAAACAGAUGACUUCAAAUGCCAAGCGCUGGCUGCAGCUUUGAAGGGUGAGUCCUCGGAUAAAGUCCCGCAUUUUAUGGUUAGAGACAUUAGAGAUAAUAAAGGAAAGCUGCAGACGCCUAUACACCAAGUGAGAGACGUGCGUAAAUUGGUUAAAAGUUCCUAUCACUUUGUUUCUUUGGAUAACAACGAAAAUAAAUCCAGCAUCGCCUCUUCUGACACAUAUCCAGAGCAAAAGAAGCAAAUGUCAUAUAGAAACCCUGCUUCUGUUUCUCCUAUAGUGAUCAAAUGUCAGUCUGUUAAUACAAACAGUAACGGAAAACAAUCUGGAAAUCUUGACUCGUCUAAACAUGAGCCGUUUGAUAUAGAUAGAUCGUCUCCAGAGGGCGCUAAAACUGCUCCACUGCAAAGGCCAGCAGGGAGAACACCCAUAAGUAAUUCAAAUAAUUCCACAGAGGGAGGCAUUGGAUUGAGAAGUGAAAGCAAAACAGCUUCAAAGAGACAGGAAAAAAUACCACAGAUAGCAGAUAUCAUCACAGAUAAGAAGCCUGAGUCAAAGAUGGCAAAUCAAGGCGCUUUGGAAAAACUUCAGGCUGCUGUGAAAACUAUGGAGCAGCUCUAUGUGUUUGAAAGAAAUGAAUGGAAAAGGAAGAAUCAGCCACAGCCCCUGAUAGACAGCCAUGUGCUCUCACUGAUUACCAGUGAGGAGAUUGGAGGCCCCGAGGAGGAAGGGCCAAUAGGGUUCAAUAUGGACAAGACAGUCAGAAGAGAUUCGUAUCCCCACACAGACAUGAUACCACCAGCUGUGGCAGCAUCUCCCAUGUCCCCCAUCACUGACAGCCUGCUGAGGAGAGAGGAAAAAGAUCUGAACAAGGCCUUUCAGGCAUCUAGUGGCCGUGAUGAAAGGCUGGUUGCUAAGUCCAUGCAAGCUGCUAGUACCACAGGGAGUAAGAACAUGUUCAGCCUCAGUUCCAGCCUAAAAGCAUCUGCAACUGUCAAUGCAAAGACACCCCAGCCAAAUACCAUCACCCAAACACCUUAUAGCACCAAAAGCUUUGUCCCAAAGUCUCCCAAAUUGCCAGUGUCCUUAAAAAUCAGCCAGUCGAAGCUGAGUGGAAACGAAGGAGCUGAUUUGAAGGAAGUGGAGAGAGCUGCACUGGAGUCCUUGAGGGCCUCGGCUGACAAUGAGAAUUACCUAACCAUUCCGGUUAAGACUUCUGCCAGCAGCAGCAAACAGGCCUCAUCUGCUGAUAAAACAUCAGUAUAUACAUUCAACACCCAGUCAAACCCAACCACUCCUCCCGGAUAUAUAGGUUCUGGUACCAGGGGCCAGGAAGACCACAACCAGUCCCCUAAGCGUGCCAGCAUUGUUAUGGAGACACGCUCACCAGAGAUGCCUUCUGCCAGCAUCUACCACUCCCUGCCAAUGGGUAUGUCCACCAAUCAGCCACAGGUGUACUGCUUCUCCCCAGCAAUCACCCCUGCUCCCACCCUGGACCCCUAUCAGAACACCCAGAGGAAAAUGCUCCUGGAUCCCACCACAGGAAACUACUAUCUGGUGGACACCCCUGUUCAGCCAGCUACCAAGCGUCUCUUUGACCCUGAAACAGGCCAGUAUGUGGAUGUGCCCAUGCCCCAGCCUCCUAUGACCCCUGUUCCCAUGCAGAUUUCACCUUUGGCCCUCAAUCCUGGGGCAUACGGACACACGUACAUGAUGUAUCCAGGCUUUAUGCCAACACCAACCGUGAUCCCAACCAGGACGCUGGUGCAGUCACAGAUGUCGGUGGCAUCAGAGUUGGACUGUGGGGACAAGGUCCCAUCACAGCAACCUGAGGGCAUGUACAUGGAAACCCCUUUCUACAUGGCCACAGGGAAAUCUCCAUACCCAGGAUCCGGGACUCAACAGCAGGCCACCACCACCACCACCAGGCCGCUGCAGGGUUUCUCCACCAUCAAGCAGCCUGUCAUCAGCAUCACCUCACAGCAAGGGCCCCGGAUCAUCGCCCCACCUUCGUUUGAUGGAACCACCAUGAGCUUUGUUGUGGAGCACAGAUGA